UAAAUGUAAUUAAUUUCGCAACAAUCACGACAACAGUGGCUACUUCCUGGCAAACCUUACGCUUUGGUCUUCCAGACGCCGUUAACCGACGACUGAGCAGCUCAAAUUCUAGAAUCCGCUGGCACCAACACCAGACCGUGGAGCUUGAGUUUCGACACCACGAAGCCCUAUAAUUUUGCAAUCUGAAAUUUGGUACAUUUGAAGCCUAAUCUUUAUGUUUCAAAGUUCCGGAAGUUCAUUUGAUCUUUAUGUAUGAUGAUUUUGGUGCUAUUCUAUUAAUUUAUCUUAAUUUAAAAUAAUGGCAAAGAUGGAAUCUUGAUGUGUUUCUGAGAGAAAUGGGAAAGAAGAAAGAAAAGAAGGUGAUGGAUGACAAAGUAGAAGUUGAUAGAGAUAAUAGUGCAUCUUGGUGCUUGGUUCAAAAUGGGAUUGGAGCUUCAUUUUUUUGUAUUGCUUUGCUUGCAUUACUAGUACGAGUUGCAGUGUCACUGCAUCCUUACUCAGGAGCUGGUGAUCCUCCAAAAUUUGGGGACUAUGAGGCACAGAGGCACUGGAUGGAGAUUACUCUUAAUUUUCCGGCUACAGAGUGGUAUCAUAAUAGCACCACCAAUGAUCUUAGCUACUGGGGUCUUGACUAUCCUCCCCUCACUGCUUACCAGAGUUAUGUGCAUGGUCUUUUUCUUAGAUAUUUUGACCCAGAGUCGGUUUCUCUUUUCACAUCUCAUGGUUAUGAAAGCCAUCUUGGAAAGCUACUGAUGAGGUGGACGGUUUUAUCCUCCGAUGCUCUCAUAUUCUUUCCUGCAGUUUUCUAUUUUGUUUUUGUUUACCAUACGUAUUGCAACAGCAGCUCUAGGAAUGAUAUAGUGUGGCACAUUUCAAUGCUUCUACUUAAUCCAUGUAUGAUAUUAAUUGACCAUGGUCAUUUUCAGUACAAUUGCAUCAGCUUGGGGCUUACUGUGGGUGCUAUUUCUGCCAUCCUUUCUCAGAAGGACCUUGUAGCCAGUUUCUUAUUCACUCUAGCCCUGAACCAUAAACAGAUGAGCGCAUAUUUUGCUCCUGCAUUUUUCGGUCAUCUCUUAGGUAAAUGCUUAAGGCGUAAGAAUCCUCUUCUUGAAGUGAUAAAACUGGGCCUGGUGGUCAUAGGAACAUUUGCUGUUGUUUGGUGGCCGUAUCUUCAUUCAGCUGAUGCCAUUUUCAGGGUCCUUUCCCGUCUUGCCCCUUUCGAAAGAGGGAUAUAUGAGGAUUAUGUUGCAAAUUUUUGGUGCACCACAUCAAUUCUCAUUAAGUGGAAGCAAUUGUUUACAAUACAAUCAUUGAGGUUAAUUAGCUUUACUGCAACUGUUUUAACUUGUCUACCCUCAAUGGUUCAGCAAGUACUGUCUCCUAGCCGGAAAGGGUUCCUUUAUGGGCUUAUGAAUAGUUCUUUCUCAUUCUAUUUAUUUUCAUUCCAAGUACAUGAGAAGUCUAUUCUGCUGCCACUUCUGCCUGCAAGCCUUUUAGCCCUAGAAGAGCCUCAUACUUUUCAAUGGUUGACACAUCAUGCCUUAUUUUCUAUGUUUCCUCUCCUUUGUCGUGACAAACUGAUUCUACCAUAUAUGGUGUUGUAUGCUCUCUUUACUCUUCUGUAUUUUACACCUGGUCAAAGAUCCCAGAAAAAGAAACCUGAUCACUCCUCCUUUACUGCAUCAAUCAUGAUGGGCUUUCUUUAUUUGUGCUCAUUUAUUCUUCAUACGGUUUACUUGACCAUCCGUCCUCCUGAGAAGUUUCCUUACCUCUUUGAAGCAAUGAUUAUGCUUCUGUGCUUCCCUCAAUUCUUGUUUUGUGCAUUUUACUCCAAUGCUAAGCAAUGGUUGUUAUCGAAGCAUUCUGCAGUAGACAAGGAAAAGAAGCUUAAUUGAUUCUUACGUUUCAAAAAUAGUUUACCCUUUACAGCAUUUUUCUAACUUUGUUCCUCACAGAAACUCAAAUUCAUAACAGCAAAUGCACUUUAGCAUGUGCUGGUUGACAAGUUAUUGCAUUGAAAUUGACUUGAUUGCUUUUGCUAAAUUUCAUAUUUUACAUUCAAGAUCUUUUCUCUUUAGACAAUAUGUUAUGAGCAGGAUUGUUCUUAUGGCUGCAGCCUCUUUUGAGUUGACUCCAUAUUGUAACAAAAUACACCUAAUUUACUGUUCCUUUUGUAUUUAUCUUUUUCAAUUCAGAUGUUGCAUUAAAACUUA